AUGCCGGUAUAUUGGAAAGUUUGCUGCGCAGGUGUCAAAAGGUCCGAGGACCGUACUCAUGCAUGCUCUACUGCUGUACCUUCAUCGCAUGUAGACUCGUUGAAAGUCGAGAGUCAGGGUCCAACCGCCCAAGAAAUUAGUUUGAUGGAAUAG